AUAAUAAAGCCCUGCCCUGCCCCGUUCCGUCGUCCUCUGCUCGGCUGCGCCCACCUGCUCCAUUCCUUCCCAUCGGAAGCAAUUCCCCAAGCGCAGGCCAUCGCUUCCUGAUCUCGUCGUCUCCCGACCCGAAAACCCCCAUGGCCGGCUACCCACCCCCCGGCCCCGGCUACCCCUACGGCGGCGGCGGAGGCUACGGGGCCCCACCGCCCUACGGCUCCUCCCCCGCCCCCUCCGCCCCGCCCUACGGCGAGAAGCCCCCCAAGGAAGGCAAGACCUCCUCGGCGGCGCCCCCUUACUACGGUGCCCCGCCCUCAACCCAGCCCCACCCCUACGGGGGCGGAUACGGGGCCCCGCCCGCCGGCCAGUCGUACAGCGCGCCCUACGGCGCCCCGCCGCCCUCGUCGUCGCCGUACGGGGCUCCGCCGCCCUCGGCCGCACCCUACGGGGCCCCGCCUCCCUCGUCGGCGCCGUACGGGGCAGCGGGCGGGUACGGGAGCCCGUUCGCGGCGCUGGUGCCGUCGGCGUUCCCCCCCGGGACGGACCCCAACGUGGUGGCGUGCUUCCAGGCGGCGGACCGCGACGGGAGCGGGAUGAUCGACGACAAGGAGCUGCAGUCCGCGCUGUCCGGGUACAACCAGAGCUUCAGCCUCCGCACCGUCCACCUCCUCAUGUACCUCUUCACCAACACCAACGUCCGCAAGAUCGGGCCCAAGGAAUUUACUUCUGUGUUUUACAGUCUUCAGAAUUGGAGAGCAAUAUUUGAGAGGUUUGACCGUGAUCGUAGUGGUAAGAUUGAUGCAUCAGAACUGCGUGAUGCUCUUCUCAGUCUGGGAUAUUCUGUUUCUCCAACCGUGCUAGACCUGCUUGUGUCUAAAUUUGACAAGACUGGGGGCAAGAGCAGAGCGAUUGAAUAUGAUAACUUCAUUGAAUGUUGCCUCACUGUUAAGGGCCUGACCGAGAAGUUCAAGGAAAAGGACACUGCAUUCUCUGGAUCAGCAACUUUCACUUAUGAGGCUUUCAUGUUGACCGUACUCCCUUUCCUCAUUGCCUAAAGCCGUGUACUUCAGAGUUCAGACCAAGCUAUAAGCGUACCAUGCCAGUUGUGGUUCUUUUCGAAGAGUGUUUUUUUUAGCGAAGUUUUAAUUCUGAGUAUUUUAGCUAUGUUGCUGCUUUGCCCAUCUGACAUACCUUAAAAGAUAACUGACGGUCGUUGAUUGUAUUUGAGUGGAAUAUACAGUGAUGUUAAUGGUAACCAGAAAAUGUUGCGGUAUGUUUA